UGUUUGAUGUUUUGUUUUGAGCUUUUUAAUUUAAAAAUGACUGUAUUUUUUCAAACUGGGAAAUUUUCUUUUAUUCGAAAGUGUUUAAAUGCUCCUAUUUGCAACUCCAUAUUCUUACGAAACUAUUCAGAUCCUGUAAAAAAAUUUAAAAGUUUUAGCGAUGUAAUAGCAGAAAGAAAAGCCGAGGCCCGACGUAGUCUUGUAGUUCAAGUUAAUUCUGAUACGUCAUUCAACGAAUUAUAUGGAUAUUGUUCAAAAUAUGCUUCUAUUAAGGAUAUACACCAUUAUAGAAACUCUGAAAAAGAGCACUUUAUGCUUAUUGAAUUUGAAACAGAAGAUAAUGUUAAAGAAGUCCUGAAAGCAUGCAGUUCUCAUCAAAAGGAUGUCGAUGUGAUGGCCAUAGAAUCUCCCUUCCUCUGGUUCAGAGCUGCUGUUAAUAAAAAAGAGAAGUACAGUUGUCCUAGUACAAAGAAACUUACCAUAAAAGAUGGUAUUGAGCCAGUUGAUGAUGAUGUGCUUUAUGAUGAGUUGCUAAAUUGUGAGACAGUCACACAACAAAUACAACACUUGUAUGAGAGGACUAAGUUAAAUGACUUAGGUGUAAGACUUAGAUUUAUGGUGGCAAGGCAGUUUGAACUAAUAUUCAAGAGUCUGUAUGCCAAUGUGGAGGUGCAGCCAUUUGGCUCCUCGGUGAAUGGCUGCGGGAGGAUGGGCUGUGAUCUGGAUCUGGUUCUCAGUAAUGUUGUAACUGAGGAAAUGAGCGACCCGCGGCGGCGGCUGGUGUACCAGGAGAACUGGGCCAGCGCGGCCGGCCUCACCAGCCCGCACCCCGGCCGCUGGAUCACCAACUUCCCGCUCACGCUCAUGGUGCUCUUCUUCUUGCAGCAGAAGAGGAAGACCGGCUUCGUUCUACCCCCACUUAAAGUCUUAGUUGAUAGAGCUGGUAAAGAGGAUAUCAGGAUAGCGGAGGAGAACAUCAACUGCACAUUCCUGCGGGACCUGAACAAGCUCCCCCAGGAGGAGUACGGCCAGUGCAGCGAGGACCUGCACACGCUGCUGCUGCAGUUCUUCGAGUUCUACGCGCAGUUCGACUUCCAGGAGCACGCCAUCUCCAUCAACAGAGGAGUGCCCAUCAGGAAGCCGAACGCUCUGCCUCUGUACAUAGUGAAUCCUCUAGACCAAGCUAUGAAUGUCAGUAGAAAUGUAAGUUACGAGGAAUGUGAAAGACUCCGUCUUGAAGUGAGGAACGCCGCUUGGAUUCUAGAAGAAGGACUGGAAGGGAAGAAGGGUGAUGACUGGGGAGUGCUGAGGCUCAUAGAGAGAAAGGACUCGAGAGGUCUGAAGCAACUCCUGAGGGUCGGCAACUCACAUCGACUGGUUUCAGUCAAGGACUUAUUCAGAGAGGAUGACGAGGAUGUACCUGUCGCAAAGUCAAAGAAGACUGAUGAAGAAAUGGAUAAGAAUGUGAAAGAAAUGAGCAGAGUAAAUGUAGAGAAAAAAGAACAGAAGAUAAAGUUUAAGAAUAGUCAGAUAGCGAGUGAAGUGUUCAGAAUAAGGAGAAAUAAAAUUGUAUGAUUGGAUGUUGUUUGUUUAGUUUGAGGACUAUUACAAUGUGACUUUGUCCAUAGAUAAUGUGUAAAUUACUGUUUGUUACCUGUAUAUAGUAAAUGUAUGUAUCAAAACUUUUUUAAAGUAAACGAACUUUUUAUUAAGUUUGAUAUUUUCUUACAAGAACCAUCUACUAUUGAAAAUAGGAUUUUAAUUAUACAGAAGACAGAGAACGACAAGUACAAUGGACUACUACAGACUCCUUGGUGAAUGUGACGAUUUGACUCAACUUAACUCUAUCCUAAAGUUGCUUCGUUUUGGCGCUAGAGGGCUCUAAAGUUUGUUAAUUAUUUUACAUUCAUUCAAAUAUCUUGAGAAUCCUUAAAUAAAUUUUAUUCAUACUGAAA